AUGGGUUCAGGGUUCUCCAUGCUGUCGGCCUCAGGGUCUGGAAUCGAUGGCCUCGGACUGAAACCACCAAAGACAUACGGUAUCCAGCAGUCGCUGGAAUCGAAGCGCAAGUUGGAUUUUUAUUUGAAGGGAAAUCACUUCAACUAUAAUUAUAUGUUCAAUAACCGUAAAUUUCACAACCAUUUACCGCAUGCUCUAGUAUCAGCGUAUUUCUUAGGAGCAUCUCCUAAACAGUUGGAGGAUUUGUAUGAAGAUAGUAUACAGGAGUUGGUGCAGUGGACAGAAGAACGUCCCUCGGAAGUAACUGAUGACGAUUGGACAGAUUUUUUUGGCCGUAAGAAUUAUGAUCGCGCCUAUUUCGACUAUUUUACUGAUAAAAUUAGUGAGAGCACAAAGGACUGGAAGGUUAUUGCUAAACAGUUUUACGUCGAUAAAUAUCAAGCAGAUGGCGAGCAGCCGAACCUGUUAUCAGGCCUUUACAGUGGAUUACUGCAUCCAUUGAUUCAUUUUGGUUAUGCCAUCGAAGUUGACAGUCCUCUGAUUGCAAUUGAAGCAUUGGCUAUGUCCUGUACCGAAUACAAUGACCUAGGGAAACUGCUUGUUGAUGUUGUCGAUUCUACUCCUGGAAGCAAAACAACAGAUCCUGUUCAGAUUCUCCAAGACAUACGUAAUGAUACUGAUUUCGAUAAUCAACUGAGCAAGCCGUUUGAGAACAAACUGCCAGUUUUAAUUAAAAAGUUUGACAGCAAGAUCAAGCAUUACUCUGAGCGAUUAGACGUCUCUAACCCCAAAGAAGUUGUGCUCAAAUUGCUACAUGCUGGAACGCUGAUUUUAACCACCACUCACCAAGUGGACAAACCAGUCUUUGACUUUUUCUUGUUACAUAUUCUGACAUCGUCACACGAAAUGGCCGAAAUUAUUCUGAGUCCUGAGCGUGGAGAACUGGUGUUCCCUGAAAGGUUUCACAGUCUUCUUGUAAAGCAACUGUGGACUAUUACUGUAAUCCUAUACAUUUCGCAGCUUCGCCCACUAAUCAAGCCAGAGAUCCUACCUGAGAUGAAAGAACCUAUUGAAGACAUCUGGAAAAGAGCCAUUGAAAAGACCCUGAGCGGCCCUCAAAAGUUCGACUCACAUUCACUGAAAGCAGUCCGUGCUAUGCUUGCUGCCGAACUGCUCACGAAAGACACCACGGGCGUCUAUGCUCGUGCUGCCAGCCACUUCGCAAACAACAAACCUGACACCGAGUACGGAGGUAGGACUAAUGGUAAGCUGUUAUUAGACGUCAAAGUCUGA